UCACUGUGUUCGCAAAACUCAAAUAGCAGGAAAUAGCUUCAGAGUUACAAGACAAACAAGCUGUCGAGCCGAGUCUUCAUAACCACGCUUGCGCUGAUCUUAGAAACACUGUUGAGAAGUCCUGUGCCUGUCCUUACCUCGUCAAGGCUGGAAUAAGGAUGCUGCUUGCGUGCGUGCUAGUGACGCUGCUGUGCGCUCCGGCGAUAGCUCGUCUGCAUAUUGACCCCACGCUGGAUCUACACUGGGAUCUGUGGAAGAAAACCUACAACAAAGACUACUCCAGCCAGGAGGAGGAUGGGGAGAGGAGAGUGACCUGGGAGAAGAACCUCAAACUCAUCACCCUUCACAAUCUGGAGCAUUCGCUGGGGAUGCACACCUACGACCUGGGCAUGAACCACCUGGGAGACAUGACCAGCGAAGAGGUUUUAGCCAAGUUGACUGGUGUCCGGCUGCCCUCUAACCUCGAGAGAGGCAAUGCCACCUUCACCCGGUCCUCUGGUGCCAUUGUGCCCGACGCCAUCGACUGGAGGGACAAAGGCUGCGUGACAGAAGUGAAAUACCAGGGGGCCUGUGGUUCCUGUUGGGCGUUCAGUGCCGCCGGAGCCCUGGAGGGGCAGCUGAAACUGAAAACGGGCCAGCUGGUGUCUCUGAGUCCUCAGAACCUGGUGGACUGCUCCUCGAAGUAUGGGAACCUAGGCUGCAAUGGGGGCUACAUGACCGAGGCCUUCCAGUACGUCAUCGACAACCAGGGCAUCGACUCGGACUCAUCCUACCCCUACACUGCCAGAGAAGGCCAGUGCCACUAUGACCCUGCCAACAAGGCUGCCAGCUGUUCCAAAUAUGUUGAGCUCCCAGAAGGCAGCGAGGAGGCCCUGAAGGAAGCCGUGGGUACUGUGGGACCCGUAUCAGUGGCCAUCGAUGCCACGCGGCCCCAAUUCAUUCUGUACAGAAGCGGUGUGUAUAAUGAUCCGAGCUGCACUCAGAUAGUCAACCACGGAGUGCUGACUGUAGGCUACGGGACACUGAAUGGACAAGACUUCUGGCUUGUGAAGAACAGCUGGGGUACACAUUUUGGGGACCAAGGCUACAUCCGGAUGUCGAGGAACAAAGGCAAUCAAUGUGGCAUCGCUCUCUACGGCUGCUACCCUGUGAUGUAAUCACCUCGUGAUGUCACACCUGCCUCGAUCAUCCUCUCUCUCUCUCUCUCUCUCUGUCUUUUGAGAUGGUCCAGGUGCCUUUUCUCGCGUUCUAAUGCAAUUUUAAUUUGGCACAGAGAGCCACCUAGUGGGCAUGUGUCGCAUUGUCUGCCUCCAGUUUCAGCGAUCAGAAUUGAGGGCCGGCACCUACCUGAGAGAUUUUUCGAAUUUCUUUUAAAUCUGUUCCUGUUCGAUGAAGUGUCUUUUGUACGGCGACUCAUUGAG